AUGGCCACCAACCAGGAUCCGUCGUUAUCAUCCAGAAGAGACCUAUACCAGCCAAGUGAGGUAGAGAGAAAAUGGUAUGGUAUCUGGGAAAAAGAAGGUUAUUUCAAGGCCCGUUGGCGUCGUCCACAGCAUCCACUAUCAUCUCGGCCUUCUGAGGAAAGUUGGUCGAACCUUAGCAAUGCUCGAAAGCAGAGUGUUGAAAUCAUCGAGAGGUCUACGGCAAGCCGAGGUCGUCAGAACUUGCGACCACUCAUAAUUCCGGCUAGUAUCACCGGUACCCUUUCGGCGACUACUUCAGAGGCAAGUCAGUUCGACGAGAGAGGUUUGGAAUUUUCUGAGAUAUCGGCAAUGGCGUUCGGAGACGGCAGUGUCCAGAACCAAUCCGAUACGAACCCGUCCACAUCACCAAGUCUCGCCAAUGUUGAAGAGGCUUCUCAGAGUGCUUCCUUCGAUGACCGUUCCAAGAAGUGCUUUACGAUGUUCACUCCACCUCCAAGCAUCACCGGUGAUCUUCACUGCGGUCAUGCCCUCGCAAUCUCCCUAGAAGAUGCACUUGUAAGGUACCAUCGUAUGCAGGGCUUCAAAACCCUCUUCCUACCCGGAUCAGACCAUGCCGGUGUUUCCGUCCAAUGCAUCAUUGAAAAGAAACUCUUCCGUGAGAAGGGAAAAGAUCGCCACCAGAUCGGCCGGCCGAGGUUCACCAAGCACUUGAACGAGUGGAAGGACGAAUAUCGUGGCAGAAUCUCUUCAACAGUUCGACGUCUCGGGGCAUCUGUGGAUUGGACACGAGAGGCGUUUACGAUGGAUGGGACCCGAAAAAAGGCAGCCGCGGAGGCUUUCAUUCAGCUGUACGAACAGGGCGUAAUCUAUCGGGGAAGUCACAUCGUGCACUGGUGCCCUACCCUUAGAACGGCUGUUUCCGAGCACGAAAUUGGCACGCUGGAGGUUAAUGGCCCGACCAGAAUCAAGAUCCCCGGAUAUGCCGAGGAAAUCGAAUUUGGGGUCUUGUAUUACUACAAGUACGUCAUUGUCAAGGACGAUAAUACUCCCCGCUGGAUCGAGCUAGCAACGACGAGGCCAGAGCUGCUGUUGGCGGAUUCGGGCAUCGCUGUACACCCUAGCGAUGAAAGGUAUGUCCGUUUGAUUGGGAUGAGCGCCCGACAUCCGUAUUCUGGUAGGUUGCUGCCGAUUGUCGGAGAUUUCACAGUCAAUCCGAAGUUUGGAACUGGCGCCAUAAGUGUUGCACCUGGACAUAGUGAAAAGGCCUGCGAGAUCGGCAGGAGAAGCAAGUUACAAUCCGUAGUUGUUUUCAGAGAAGAUGGGACAGUAAACGAGGCCGGGGAUCUUUGGAAGGGCCAGCAGAGGUUCGAGCUGCGGCAGACUAUCAUUGAAAACCUGGAGGACCGGGGUCUCCUGCUCAAGAGAGAGCCAUGCAAGGAGAUAUUACAGAUUUGCAACCGAUCAGGGGACGUGGUUGAGCUGAUGUCGAAAUCCCAAUGGUGGGUGCGAAUGGACGAUCUGGCAGAAGAAGCAGCUGAGGCUGUCAGAGAGGGGAGGAUCAAGAUACGGCCAGAGUCGGUCGAAAAGGAGUAUCUGAACUGGCUAGAGGAGCCAAAAGAUUGGUGCAUAUCAAGAAAUCUAUGGUGGGGCCAACAGAUCCCGGCAUGGUUCUUAAGUCUUAAGGAGGAAGAACGUAAUGCCUUAAAGCCUGACGAGUCAAAUCCAAACCGUUGGAUGGUAGCUCGUAGUGAAGAGGAGGCUCGAAAAAAAGGUGAAUUGGCGUUCCCGGAUAUGCCGUUUCGACUAACAAGAGACGAGGCGGUGCUUGAUGCCUGCUUUGGUGCUGCCAUCUGGCCGCUUUCAACCCUUGGAUGGCCUGAGGGGGGGGAUUUCCGCGAGUUUUACCCAACGACAAUGUUGGACACAGGAUCGGAUACCCUGCCAUCGUGGGUAACAAGAAUGGUUGCAGUGAGCCUCAAGUUGACAGGCGAAGCUCCAUUCGGAGAAGUCCUUUUCCACCCCUUGGUCAAGGACCAGGAGGGCAGGAAGAUGUCAAAGUCCCUCGGCAACGUCAUCGACCCAGUUGAUUUCAUAACUGGGUGCACGCUGGAAGCUCUGAACCAAAAGCAGCUGAAUCUAAGCCUGGCACCAAGCAGCGAAGAGCUUGACAAGACGAAACAAUUCCAGGCCACUUGCUUCCCAGACGGGAUCCCAGAGUGUGGGGCCGACGCACUGAGAUUUGCAUUAGUAGACUCAACUUCGGAGUCCCAAACCAUUUUUCUUGACGCCAGAAGCGUCAUUAAAUGCCGUGAGUUCUGUGACGGGUUGUAUGAGACGGUCCAGGGAGCACUGAGGAUGCUCCCAGGCGACUAUAAGCCGAUGAAGUCGGCUUACGGGCAGCGGAUGGCUCAAGGGAUUGGGGACCGAUACAUUCUGCACAGGUUGAACACUGCCAGUCGGGAUGUUGAAGGAGCGAUGGAAGAGAAAAGAUUCUGGGAAGCAACACGGGGUAUUAAGAACCUAUGGUGUCAUCAUAUCCCGACGUAUUUGAAAUGCUACCACAGCUAUGAAGAGGAUGACAUUGACCCAGAUAGACUUUCAGCCGCUGAAACAUUGUACGCGGUGAUCGAUGGCGCUCUGCGACUAACCCAUCCGUUUAUGCCGUUUAUCACCGAAGAGCUAUGGCAGAAACUUCCUAAAUAUCCCCAUGAUGACACUCCAUCAAUCAUGUUGGCGGAAUUCCCAAAACGAUCGCCUGAGUACGAAUAUCCAUAUGCAGAAGAGGAGUUCAAUUUGAUCAUGAAUUGCGCCAAGGAGAUCCGGUCACUAUGCCAGGAAAAUGGCUAUCCUGAGAUGAUCAAAGUGUACAUCAAGUCAGGAUGUUUUAUCUCUCAGCAAACUUUAGAGAAGCAUAUGGCCGAGCUUCAGCAGCAGUCAGGCGUGACCGACAUUAAAUUUCUUCGAUCAGGAGACGAGGCUCCUUCUGGCAGUAUUGCAAGCCCGUUGUCGAAGGAUAUUUCGAUCCAUCUCAGCGUCGGAAACCAACCAGAUAGUAGGGGUGAUAUAUCAGAACUCCAGUUGAAAUUGAAAACUGCCCAGCGGACAGUCUUAAGACAGGAGAACAAGCUCAGAGAGUCGGCUCUACGAGACUCAAUAGAUGAGCGGGAUAGGAAGGUCGAAGAAUCUCGACUUGAGGUCUAUAAAGCCAGGGUCAAAAAUUACGAAAGGGUUAUUAGUGAUCUUUCGAACCGUCAGGCUUGA